UGAAAGUUUUUGAAAUAAUUCGUUUUUAAUAUUUUUGAAAAAUUUCUUGUUUUUAACAAAACUUAACUUUCAACGUGUUUUUCAAAAUUUUAUUCGGGUAGUUUUUUUCAUCACAGAAGUUAUUGUUGAAAUAUGCCAUCUUUGCAACAGAUUAGACUAUCAAAUUCGAAAUCAGAUUGCAACAAAAUAUCGGACAGCGACGAAGAUUCUUGUACAGAAAUUCUUCAGCGCCAUUCAAUUAACUCAUUGUUAACGGACACAUCUGAAAUUAUGGCAUACAGAGGAACAAAUAGAAAUAUUAACAAACACGAAGAUUCUAUGAUGUCAAUAUCAGAAUUAUUGGGACUCAAUGCUCCAAGAGGGACUCUUCUUGGGAAUUCAUCGUAUCCGUUCAGUUCAUCACCAGUACAAGAAUUACUUUCACCUCCUGUAUCUAAUUAUCAGUAUGACGAGCCAAAUUAUGGCACACCAACAGGAUUGAAUGUUGAUUUGAAUCGUAUGAUACAACGAAGUUUGGAUAAUUCAUUUUGUAGCUCUACUCCACCAUCGCCGCAAUUCUUUCCAAAUCGAACAUUCCGUAACUCUUCAUACAGUGAAUGUAGUAGUGGUGGAAGUCCUACUAGCUUAGGAUUCGAACAACAUGCCGCAUUAUUAUUGGGUGCAGGUUCACGUUCAAAUUCUCCAGCUGAUUCUGACAUGUCUGGAGUUUCCAGUAUCGAUGGAAGUCUAAAAGAUCUUAUGACAAAUCUCACAUUAAACCAAGUUAUUAAUGGGAAUAAUGAUUAUUUACCAACUACGGAAUUGGAAAUGGCAAAUUUGCAAAAUUUACAAGCUCUUAAUGCUUUAAAAUUUUUACAACAACCUCCUGGUUCAAUGUUAAACUCUCUGCUACAUUAUCCUAAUUCAACUGGCUCGAACUUGUCCUGUUCUCCUGUGGCUUCCUCAUUAAAUUCGUCAAUUGGAUCGUUAUUACCGAGUACUCCAACAUCGCAAUUAGAAAGUGCAUCUCUGGAUCGAGCGGCACGUAUUCAUCGAAGCUCAGCUUCAAUGUUUGAUGCUACAUGUACUUGGAGUGGUGUUUUACCCCCACGCUCGCAGAAAAUCACCGGAUACUCUUCAAAGGUAUUUCUGGGUGGUGUUCCGUGGGAUAUAACCGAACAAUCAUUGAUUCAAACAUUUAAACAAUUCGGUAAUAUACGUGUUGAAUGGCCUGGUAAAGAUAAACAAGCAAGUCAACCAAAAGGAUACGUUUAUAUUAUCUUUGAAUCUGAAAAACAUAUUAAAGCAUUAUUACAAGCUUGUACUCAUGAUUACAAUAAUGGAUGGUACUUCAAAAUUUCAUCGAAACGCAUGAAAGCAAAAGAAGUACAAGUGAUUCCAUGGUUUUUGAAUGAUUCGAACUACGUGAAAUCUAGUUCACAAAAAUUAGACCCAACAAAAACUGUAUUUGUUGGUGCUUUACAUGGCAUGCUAAAUGCUGAAGGAUUGGCUAAAAUUAUGAACGAUUUGUUUGAUGGUGUUGUUUAUGCUGGAAUUGAUACUGACAAAUACAAAUAUCCUAUUGGAUCCGGUCGAGUUACUUUUAACAAUCCACGCUCCUAUAUGAAAGCCGUGUCUGCAGCAUUUAUUGAAAUAAAAACUAUUAAAUUUUCAAAAAAGGUACAAGUGGAUCCGUAUUUAGAAGAUUCUUUGUGUUCAGCUUGUUGCGUGCAACAAGGACCAUAUUUUUGUCGGGAAAUGUAUUGUUUCCGCUAUUUUUGUCGUUCAUGUUGGCAAUGGCAACAUUCACAAGAUUUACACAUGCGUAAUCAUAAACCAUUAACGCGUAAUUCAAAGAAUGCAAAUGUAAUGCAUAACAAUAACAACAAUGGAACCGGACCAAAACCGCUCCCAUCAAGCAGUUCUCCUCAUCCUUCGAACUCUAUUAACAACAAUUAAGGGAAAAUUUCCUUUAUAACAAAAUUGGUAACUAUUUUAAAUUACCAGAAAAUUGAUGUACCAGUUUUUUUACCGUAGACUCGGUAUUUAUUUAAAACUUACGUCAAUUCAAAGAAAAAAGACUUAGCACUUGUUUAAUUUUAGAAGUGCAAUUUAAGCUUAAUGAAAUUUAAGCUUCACUAAAUGAUCUACAUUAAUUAUUUUUAUAUUGAUGAAUUUCCCAAUAUUCAC